AUCUGGUUUAGAUUCUGAAAGCUAUAAGAUAUUGAGAUUUUGUUGGCACGGACGAGGGCGGGGUGAAGUUUUGAAAUACAUUUGUAACAGUGAGAUAUCACAGGAGUGUGAAUACAAAAUGUCUUUGCUCUAGCUCUUAUAAUCUCAGAAAACUAGAACUAAAGCAUAUAUUUACUUCAUGGAGUCAGAAACGAUUCUUUCUGGUCGUUACACACAUCUAUUUUCCCCACAAAUCUAAUAUACCACUAUACUCUUUGUAAGUAUCGGGCUUAAAAAUCAAUGCUACAAAUGCACAGAAGAAGAAGAAAAAGCUUUUGAACAAUUAAAAUUUAUCCUGUGUUCAGCGACGAUCCUGGCUUAUCCGGCACAGGGAACGCCAAAACGAUUCUAUUGGACUGGUUGCAAGGAGUCUGUAACUUAUUGGAUCCGUCGAUGUGAUCGUUGUGCGUUGGCAAAAAGACCAUCUGAUAGAAGUCACAGAAAAAUGCGGCAUAGCGUCAUAUCUCCGACGACAUAUCUCCGCCCAGUACAUUUUGCCGGCGGAAUUAUGUCGCUUUUUUUCUGGCGGACUUAUGUCGUUUGAAAGCGUCAUAUCUCCGCUCGGAGAUAUGACGUUUUGAAACGACAUAUCUCCGCCGUGUCACAAACGACAUAUCUACGCGCGGAGCUAUGACGCUUAGAAGCGACAUAUCUCCGCGCAGCGAUUUUGAGCAAAUUAUGCCGAUACACCAUCAAAAAAUACAAAAAAAAACAAAAAAAAGAAAACAAAAGGAACAAAUAAAUUUGCAGUGGCUACACAGCGCCCAACGACAUGUUCUGACUGAUUUUCUGUCCCUCUCGCACAUACUCUUUAUCUUUAGCUGGUUACCUAACUGUAAAUGCACCGUAAAAAAUAUUGUCUUAAUUGAGCAAAUAUAGCUACUGCAUAAUUUAUGAACAGCGUUUUUAUUAGGAAGUUAAUUUCAUUAAACAAAAAUUGUUAAAGAAUGUUCUGGAAGCUUUUCAAGACGAAAAUAUUAUGAACCGUUUUGGAAUAACCAAGGGAAAUACUGCAAAUCAGUUCUAUAAAAAAGUGUACGCAUCGAGCUCGUUUGCUUAUUGCAUAUUUUCAUCAGACAAGGUAAUCACCUUGAUGCAAGCCAACAUUCCGGAGCAUAAUAGGCAUUAUUUAAUUGAUGCUACAUUUAAAGUGUGCCCUUUUGGAGAUUUUAAGCAACUUUUAAUAAUUUAUAUUAAAUAUUUGCAGAAGAUAACCCCUUUUGUUUUUGUUUUGAUGACUCGCAAAACGGAGCUGUGUUAUCAGCACUUAUUCACAUAUAUAGACUCGAACAUUUGCUGCCUUAAAGGAGCAUCCUUUAUAACAGAUUACGAAAAGGCAAUGCGUAACGCGUUAAAAGGUCUGCAUCCCAACAUGAAUUGUUACGCCUGUUGGUUUCAUUUUACUCAAGCAUGCAAGAAAAAUGCCAAGCAAUCGAGUGGUUUUGAAAAUACUCUGAAAUGCAAUAAGAAAGCUUACAUGCUAUUUAUGAAAUUUUUGCACUUGCCGCUUUUACCAGAAAGCAAAAUUGUCGAAUCAUUUAACCUUCUAAAAGGCGAUGCAAUAAACUUAAAUAAGAAGCUGUUUUCUCCAUUUUUAAAAUAUUUUAAUAGACAGUGGCUUAAAAAGGAGGGACCAAAAAGCAUAUCCGUGUUUAAGAGGUCAACUAGAACCACGAGCUCAGUAGAAGCUUAUAAUUUGAAUUUGGGAAAUAAAAUUCGAGCAAAUGGGCACUUUUUUAAAUUUGUUCAAUGUCUUAUUGAUGCAGAAUAUGAAAAAAGUCGCGAGUUUGCUUUACUCUUUCAAAAUGGUGGUAAUGGAAAUCAGACACAGAAGAAGAAAUUACGUGAUCGCUCAAAAAAAAUAAUGGACGCAAUGGAUCUUUUUGAAAGAGGUGAAAUUGAUAUACAGGGAUUUCUGACAUGCACUGUUUCCUUAGCUGACCGCUUUUCAAAGCAGGACUUCUUUGAAGGUGUGGACAAUGAAAGCAAUUUAACUGGAAUGUCUUCUGAUAUGAAAUCUUCCACAUCGUCACUUUCAUCGAAUGCUUCUCAUUCAAGUCAGUCAUCUGAUAAGUCAUUGGUUCAAAUAAAUCCAUGCAAUGUGUGCCUAUGUAACCCAAAGUCUGUGUUGUUGCGCCCGUGCAAUCACGUAAACAUUUGUGGUACAUGUUGGGAUCAAAUUGUGGCCCACAACCAAGCAAAAAACGACUUGGAAGAAAAUGAAAAUAUAAAGCCAAAAUGUCCAAGUUGCAACCAAGAAGUCGAAGAGGCCAUACGCAAUGUUUUUAUUUAUAAUUAACUUGUGUAAGUUAAGAACGAAAAAAUUUAAGAAAACUGCUAUUAUGAUUUCUGUGUAUUUGGACUAUUGCACAUUUUUUAAUUUCAAUAAAAUUAUGUUAUAAAAGGAAAUGCUGUCAAAAAAAUAUAAGUGUAUUUUACAUGCGAAA